UAAAAACUUACGUUUCCUAAAUACUUUAUCAGAUGUAUAUCUUUUAUUCACUGUUUAUAAUGUGCGGUUGUCAAAAUUUAACUUUUAUUUAUGAUGGAUGGAGAAUUCUCUUUUAUGGACUUUGAUUUAUUAGAAGUGGCUAAAAAUGAGUGUUUUUCGGUGUUAAAUAUAGCGUUGGACAAUAUUGAAAACUACGAUUUUACAGUUGACGCUCAGGAUUCGUGUGGAAAUGCUUUAUUACAUUAUGCUGCCGCAGCAGGUCACAUGGAGACUCUGGAAAAAUUAUUUUCUCUUUCGGCAUAUCCAAACAUACUAAAUAAUAAACGUGAAACACCACUUCAUUUGGCUUGUCAUAAUGGUCAUUAUAAAAUCGCCGUACGUCUCUUAGAGUUUGGAGCAAAUUUAAAUGCUUUAGACCAAGAACGGGAAACUCCCUUAUUCAAAUCAGUUAGGGGAAAAAAUGCACAUUUAACUAAGUAUCUAAUUAUUCAGAGAGCUAUUGUUAAUAAUGCGAAUAAAGCGAAUGAACGGUUAAUACAUCUAGCUGUAAUAUAUGAUGAUGCAGAAUUGGUAGAAGUAUUAUUGGAUGUAAAACAGGAUCCUAAUGUUAAAACAGAUGCAGGUUAUAUACCGAUACAACUUGCUGUUAAGCACUCUAAUACGAAAAUAGUCGCUCUUCUUCUGGGACGUAACGCAAAAAAAGAGAUAAGAGACCAUAAAAAUUCCACCCUUCUUCAUUUAGCUGUAGAAACCCAAUCAAUAGAAAAUUGUCAAAUUCUUAUUGACGAGGGUCUAGAAAUAAAUGCUAAAGACGAGAACGGUUCUACCCCUCUACAUCUAGCAGUACACAUGAAUAACUUGGAAUUAGUCGAACUUUUGUUAAAGCAUAACGCUGAUGUGAAUCUGCCUGAUACAGAUGGCUAUACACCUUUACAUAUAGCUGCAAGAAUGAAUAGAGAAACUGAUAUCAUAAACUUAUUGCUCAAGAAUAAUGCUAAUAGUCAAACAAAGACUGAACACGGUGAUUUACCUCUGCACAUUGCCGCAGGAACGGGAAAUAUUAGGGGAUUUAUCGUAUUGUAUAAUAAAAAAGACAGUAAUAUUUUGAAUAAUAUGGGAUACACACCUGCACAAUUAGCUGAAUCUAGAGAAAUUAAAGUUAUUGUUAAUUUAGACGUUGAAAUGGCUAAAAGUAAUUCAAUUAAUAGAAUACCUAUUUACAAACAGCUUUAUAUGAUCAAGAAGCAAAGUGUUAAUUGACUGCAUCACACAUUUUGAUAGAAACAAUCGAGACAAUCUGAAACCAACCAAGAAAUCAGUUGUCGAGAUCAUCAGAUCCAGUAAUGAAAGUAGUAUAACGAAAUUUUCAUUAUAAACAAAAACUCAAAAACUCAAACCGAUCUCAUAAAAAUAGAGAUUUCUUCCAAUUCACGUGUUUCCUUCGUGCUACUAAACAACCACUCAAAGUAAAUAGAGACUUUUAAUGAAGUUAGAGAAAAGGUCAAUUCGAUAAAGUUCAGGUUUGCUUUAUUUUUUAUAGAAAACUUUCAAGUUCAAAUGCGUGAGGCGUAUAAUUUUGUGAUAUUUAUUCAAUUUACUUUGUAACCGUACAUUUUAUUUGCAAGUCUACAUCUCGAAUAUUUUUAAGGGAGACAGUUUAUAGUCUGGUUUCUAAUUAAAUUUCAUCAACCCUUUAUUUCGAAUGUCGUUUAACUAACUAAAUAGCAAAUACUCAAGCAAAACUGUGAAGUACGAGGUUGGUUUGAUGGAAAAGUGACAACCAAAAAACUGUAGAAAAACUCUUUGUUCAACGAGUUUUCAGUUUUUUCAAACAAUUCAAUAGAUAGUGAGAGGGAUUCAGAUUGGGUGAAUUCGGCAGAAAAAAUAGUUAUUUAUUUCUGAAGAUGAAAUCAAUUGUUUCGAUUUUAUUUUUGUUUAUGGAGUAUAAUCAUGUAUCGAAACUUCAUUUAUUUUAACAUAUUGACAAUUAUUUCGCUAGGAUCACUUUUGAUUUGAAGAUAUCCAAACAUUUUUUCAGUUUUAAAUGUGAAUGAGCUUUCGAUUAGCAUCACACAAUCUCAACACGCAUCUUUGCAGAUAACUUUUCUGAUGCAAACCAUUAAAUAGUACAUACCUAUGAAAAUUUAUGGUAUUAUUAUGUUUAUUCCUUUCUUAAUUAUUUUUUCAAACGUUACAACUUUUCUUCAAUAAUUUCACCUUAUCACGUUGUAUGUUUCUACACAUGACAAUGAAUUUAAACUCAAUAUUCAAUAGGAUUUUUCAGUUAAUUAAAUAAUAAUUCUCCAUAACUUUUUUCACCAAACCACUAAUAAAAAAGUUUUCCAGUAUAUGUUCAAAUCACCACCUAGCAUUCUUAAUCAUUCUUAAAGACUAAUUGUAAACAGAUUUACGUCAAAAAUUUUAUUUCCUAUUUUUAACUGCAUUUCAAAUGAAGUGUGUUUUUUUCACAAAAACUUUUGAUAUAUCAAACAACAUAGGAAAAGUUGAUGAAAUCGCCAAUAAUUUUGAUUAGGAUCUUCACGCAUCUAGUUUAAGAGAUAUGACACUCAGCCCCAUUUCAUUAUGUUUUGGUCCAUCUUUGUGAAGAAGUUGAAUAAUGAUAAAUAAUCUAUAUAAACCGCCCCCGGAGUACAUAACGUCACUGGGAGUUUUUUUGGAAACGAAAGUUUUCUUAAUCACUUAUAAUGAUAAUGCACAAAAAAAAACGCGAAAUACUUUUUGUGAAAUUGGUUUAUACCAUGAGAGAUCUGUAAAAUAGAAUAAAGUUUAUGAUA